AUGGUCAACACUGGAAAGCCAUCAAGAGGUUGUUAUAUGUGUCGUGCUCGACGGAUCAAAUGCGAUGAAGGAAAACCGUCUUGCAUGCGAUGCCAGAAAUCGAAGAGAGUCUGUCCAGGCUAUCGAGAUGCAUUCGAAUUGAAGUUGCGCGACGAGAGCAAGUCAACGAAAAAGAAACUGAAUCGUCGAAUCAACCAAGAGCAGUCAGAUCCAAACAGUCUCGUUUAUAAUGCGGAAUUAUACCAUGGACCAAAUGUCGCCUCUGGACAUGGAGCUUCGCACUCGCGAAGCAGUUCGAUAUCGAGUAGCAGCUCCCAACUGUCUUCAAGUCGGAAUAGGUCCAUAGUACCGUAUCCUCACAAGCAUAACGUCAUAGCGACAAACAUGACAAGUCCCAUCCAGCAACAAGCUGCUUGCUAUUUCCUCUCCAAUUUCGUGUUGGUACCGGAAUCAGGGACAAUGCGAGGAUAUCUCGACUUUGUACUACCCCUCAUGAAGCAGAAAGCCCCGCAGACAGCACUCGCGUACGCUUUUUCAGCUGUUUCUUUGGCAGCACUAGGCACUAGACCAAAUUCCAAAGGCCUGGCAUCCACGGCUGACGUUUGGUACUUGAAAGCGUUGAAGGAAAUCAACGUCGCCCUGAAAGAUCCAAAAGUAGCCUCAUCGGAAGCCACAUUAGCGUCAGUGAUGUUGAUGGCAUCUUUCGAACAAUUAACACCCUCACGGAUGAAGGUUGGAGGUUGGGCUUCCCACAUCGACGGUGCCGUAGCUGUGAUUAAGUCUUGCCCUAUCCAGAGAUGGUCCACCGGCGUUGGAAGAGAUCUUUUUAUUGCGGUGAGAGCUCACAAGACUCUUCAAUGCAUAGCAAACUCCAAGGACGUGGACAGAGAUGUCGACUGGCUAGGCGUUCAAGCUUACGACAGCAUUGUACAAAGCUUUGCGACGAUAAAUCUCAAAAUGGCAGCUCUUCGCGCUGACAACGACCAAACGACAACUUUGAAGACACACACAGCAGAUAAUGUCGAGAAAGUAUUGGCAUUGCUUCGAAGAGCAGAGUCACUUGACCAAGAAUAUAUUGAGUGGAUCAAGGCCCUUCCAGCGAACUGGGCGAUAAAGACCGUUUCUUGGAUCGAUGACGAAGUCCCCGAUCUCGAAAACUCGGUGGUCCAUCCGGGACGGGUUGAUACCUAUGGUGAAUUAUGGAUGGCUUACAAAUACAACAUCGUGCGUGGGUGCCGGCUAUUCAUAUGGACGGUCAUCCUCCGGUGUGUUGCCUGGCUUGGUGAUCCACGAGACUAUAGACUUACACCGGAAUAUACGACGGCGUCUCGAAUAUGCCAGCAAUUGGUCGAGGACGUUGUGGCUAGCGUCCCUUAUUUCUUUGGUUGGAACCGUGACAAAGAUAGUGCCAUGGUAGACAGAUCUCAGUAUGCUUGCGGAGCGACUGAUUAUAGUUCUGUCAAGCCCCUCGCUGGUAUCUUUGUGAUGUGGCCGCUGUUCGCAGCUGCAAGCUCGGAUUUUGCGUCACCAUCACAACGAGUCUUCCUCAGAGGACGGCUUAAGUUCGUUGCAGAGAUGAUGGGCAUCAAUCAGGCUUUGAUCUUGUUCCAGGUACGUUUCUUCUGCGUUUUUUUAUGCGUUGUCUCACACCAGUCUAGGCACAACUAG